AUGGGGCCGGUGAGGCGCCAGUUCGUAGCCCUGCUCUGGAAGAACUGGCUCUGCAGACUCAGGCACCCGGUCCUUUCUCUUGCUGAAUUCUUUUGGCCAUGUAUCCUGUUCAUGAUUCUGACAGUGCUACGCUUUCAAGAACCUCCCAGACACAGAGACAACUGUUUUUUGCAAGCCCGGGACCUGCCCAGCCGAGGCGUGUUCCCCUUUGUUCAGGCCCUUCUCUGCAACACAGGCUCAGCCUGCAGGAACACGAGCUAUGUGGGCCCGACGGAGCGCCAUUUGCGUUCGUCUAGGUUCCAGGCUGCAAAUGGCCAUCGCGAGAAGGUCAACGACCUGGCCUUCCUGGAGGAGAUACAGGACCUUGCCGAGGAAAUUUGUGAAAUCCUGGACAAGGCAAAAACCCUACAGGAACUGUGGGCAGGAAGAUCCAAGUCUCCAGAUUCUUCUCCAAGCUCCAGUUUCUUAGCCAUGGAUCUCAAUAAGACCGAGGAGGUGAUCUCGAAACUGGAAAAGCUCCACCAGCAGCCCCACAUCUGGAAGUUUCUACUUCUUCUGCCAAGAUUGUACACAAACAACAUCUGCCUGGAAGACCGUCUCCGUGGCGGGGCACACCUCCUCCAGGCGGCUUUGAAUUCCUUGGCAGCUUUGGAAGAUUUAGACUGGCUGCCCCUCAACCACACUUUCUCCACGGUUUCUGAAAUCGUGCUGAACGUGACCAUUUCGACGCUGACAUUUCUGCAGGAGCACGGGAUGGCCGCCGCUGAGCCCCUAUACAACCUGUCCCUGCGGGAGCUGGUGUGGGACCCACAGAAGGUCCAGGCUGACCUCAGAUCCCGAUUUGGCUUCGAUGACCUUCACGCAGAGCAAAUCCUGAAUUACUCCGUGGAAUUUCAGGAGAUUCCCACAGAAGCAGCUUUGGAGCAGAUGGUAUGUUCCAUCUUGUCCCGGACUUUCGAGGACGAAGCUGUCCUGGAGGGUCACCCCGCAGACUGUCCCCCACGCUGGUCUGAGGCCACAGACUACCUGGUGCAUGCAGUCAACUGGCUGCAAGCGUCCAAGCAGGUGCUCCCUGGCGUUCUCCAGCAGGUGCUCGCUGGGGCCGCCCACAGCCUGGAGGCUCUCCGAGGUCCGACUGUGGAAGGGCAGGAGCCACAGCAGGUGGUGAAGGUUCUGCAGGCUCUGCUUCCCCUCCUGAGUGACAGCGUGGCGGCAGAUGGCCCCACCGGCAGCCACCCAUCUCACAAGAUAUUACUGCAUCUGCAGCAGCUGGAGAAUGUCCUUCGAGACCUGCCCCCGUGGCCAGCCCUGAAGAGACUGCUUCUGCUCCUUGGGGCGCUCAGGAACGCGGUAGCCCAGAAUUUGCGUUUUGUCCAAGCAGUGCUCACGUGCCCGGAGAGACCGGCUAACAGCUCCACACUGGGCGGACCCGAGCAACUGCACCCAGAAAGGGACGCGUUCCUUCGGUGGAAGCAGGUCUUGGUGAAGAAGGCUAUGGACAGGUGCCUAAAUGCCAGCUUGUCUGGGAAGGAGGCUCUCCGGUGUGGUGGGAACCCUGGUGCCUGGGAGCGCCUCCGGGCACUGUCGUGUCCCCACGACUCCACCAAGAGCAGCGUUUUCAACGAGCUACUGCAGUCAGUGGAGGACGCGGAUCGCCUUUUGCAAGAAGUCGUCACUGGGCGGACAGAUGUGGCAGACUCAGGAUUCGAAGGACUUCUGGGCUGGCAGGAAGUAGAAGCGCAGCUGGAGGACGUGGGCCUUUCCUGCAGGCGGCUCUCCCAGUGGCUGGCAGCGGCCGCCUCACUCGGGGACCGCGACCUUGCCGGUGACUGUAAGGACCAGCUUGCAGCAGCAGUGAUCUUCCGCGCACUAGGAACAGUUCAGUCAUCCCUGGAGGAAACACCCUACUGGAAAGGCUUCACCGGAUUUAUCAGGAAGACCUGUGAACUGGUCCAUUCUGCGAAUGUGCAAGGAAGUGUCCAGAAUGGUCUCUCUGGUUUCUCUGAGGAAUCUCCUUGUCAUGAAGAAAACAUAGAUUGGGAAGCCAUCACUGAUACUUAUUUCACAUUUUUGGGUAACUUACUCAAGUCUCCAGCUGCUUCCAUCUCCAGAGUCUUGAAUUCCACAAAGGAACUUCUCAUGAUGGAAAAGAAGUUGCAUUCCCUCGAGGAUGAGGAAAUAAACUUUUUUUUAUCUUUUGUGAGAUUUUUGGAGGAAUUAUUGCCUGAUGCUUUUGACUCGCCCAGCGUGCCCAAAUUCCAUGACCUCCCAUCUCUCAGUGAGACUCUUCUGAACACAAGCCACUUGUGGGUCAACCAUUCAAGAAGUUUAGAGAGCGACACAUCUGCUAUUGCUACUCAGAAACUUUUGGAAUUUGGCAAAGCGGUGAUUGACAAAAUAGGAAUUCUUGAAAGUCUCUGGAUAAAGAACGAAUCAGAUAAUAUUUUGAGGUUCAUGGAAUUAGUACUUUUUGAAAUUGAUCCCAAGCUCCUGGAAUUGUGGAUGUAUGGCAUUUCAAAAGAAGAAAGAGUCAGGCUGGAAACCGUGUCUACACUUCUUAAUUUUUCUGUCCCAGAAGAUGAGAGGGUCCUUAUCAAGAGCCUUAACUUUUCCCAGUUGUUCCAGUCAGACUGGCUGCAAUCGCAAGCUAUGGAAAUGGACUUUGUACAUUUGAGUGAAACUGUGAUAAGCAGUCUCUAUGAGCUCGGAUUUCUGAAGGAAGGACAAGUCUUUGAAGCUCUAGACACAGUCUACGCUAUAAGGAAUGCGUCUGAACUUUUCUCAGCCCUUUCUGAGCCCGAAAGACGAGCCGUGGACACGGUCUUGACUAAGAUAUAUCUAGACAUCUUCCAGGACAAUGAUUCAGCUUUGCUUCUGAAGAUUUAUGCUUCAUGUUUUGAAUAUAUUUAUAAACUCUUGAGCAUUCCAAGUACAGAGGCUUUGCUAUCUUUCCUUGCACAAACCUCAGAGCGCAUCUUGGAUAUCAUAAAGCAAUUUGAUUUUCAAAACGUCAGUAAAGCAUUUGAAUUUUUGUAUGAGACAACAGGAGUUCUUGAGGGACUUUCUGAGGGGUCUCAUUGUCAGCAGUUGCUUUCAAUUUUUAACUACUUGGAGCUUCAGGCCCAAUCCCUGAUGUCUAUUGAGGGCCCAGAACUGGAAGUGAUUCCUGCUACUUUGACAGGCCUCAAACAGCUGCUCCUCGUAGACAAAGAUUUCCGUAUUUCCUUCUUUCAAUACAUGAGCCAACUCUUCAACGAAUCAGUCAAAGCCCCAUUGGGCAAUGAAUGCUUUGCCUUGGAUGAUAAGAACAUCUUUUCUGUGAACUACUCAAAAGAUAGAGGGUCUUUAUUUAUUCUUCCAUGGAUACAAAUUCUUUCCAACCUCUCAGCAGACGGCAGGACGUUCAAUGAGUUCAUGGCUGUCCACUGUACAGUCUCAUGGCUUCAGAUGUGGACUGAAAUCUGGAGAGGCGUAUCUCAUCUCUUCCAGCUUGACAUGAAUGUUUUCACUCCUCUCCAUGUUGGUCUCACUCAGCUUCUGGAUGAAUUGGAAAGUGAUGUGAGAAUUUCUGGAAGCUGUCCGGGAAUGUUUCCCACCCAUCGUCCUGCCAGACUCAUAUUGGAUUUGUUUAAAAAUGUAACUCAAGCUGAAGGCUUUCAUGAUUGGGAUGAUUUUUUGGCUCUCAGAGACCUCUGGGUAGUAUUAGGUGAUGCAUUAGUUAGGGUAAAGUCACUUAGCCCCGAGCAGGUAAGGAAGUCCCUUCUUACCAUGGAAACUGCCCUGCAUCAGCUAAACACAUUUCCAUUAAACACAAAUGCAAGCAGAGAGUUUUUCUAUUCUCUGCUUGACGUUUUCAUGGAAUUGAGCAACACCUCAGCAUACAUCGACAGAAAGGUACAACUGAUAAAUCACUUUCUUACAAAUAACAUUACAAAUUAUGGAGUGAGGCUGGACAGUAUCAUCACGGAGUUAAGAGAAACAAUGUUAUUGCUUCGAAAUGUGUCACAUGACCAAGACUUAUUGUCCUGUGCUGGGAUUUUCCAAAAUGUUACCGAGUUUAUUUUGGAAGAUGGUUUAUACGUAAACAUGUCACAGAAGACAUUACGUAUUCUGGCCAUGUUAAAUUCCACAUUUUCCUCCGAGGACACGAUUAGCAAACUGAAGGGAUGUGUUACAUGGAUAGACAUCACGAACCAUCUGUACGUGAUAUACAACUCCAGCGUUGCACACAACUAUCCUCAGGGUAACCGGAGGAGUUUCAGAGAUGUGGGAGACAAAAUUAAUUCUACACUGAAACUUGCUACUUGGAUUCUCAGUAUAAAGGGACCUCACUGCACAAUGAAUAAGUCAGAUACAAACUGUGUGAAUAUUGUAUUGAAAAAUAUAACCAACUUUCUGAAUGCCAUACUCACCGAAGUCUUUGAAAGGGAAAAGGUACCCAAAUUUGAGAUCUUGCUAACCCUUUUCAAUGAUUCCACAAACCAAGUAAGGAUGAUUAUCAACAACCUGACGAGAGGCUUUGAUUUUGUAUCUCAAUCCAACUGGACGCAUCUUACUGAAUUAAUUCUAAGACCCCUAGAGUUGUCCGAUGACAUACCUAGCCAGUUUACACAUCUUUGGUGGCAUUUAGUAGCUCUGGGGAAGGAAAUUCAGAAACUUAUGAAAGGUAUUUCCACUCACCUCCUAGAAAAUGACUCCUCUUCUACAUCUGAAAAGUAUCUAAACCUAUUUGCUAUCAGUUCAAAAGAAAAGGAUGUCAACAGGUUAGGCCGUUCAUUUUAUCAUCUAGCCAGCUACCUUCUCUUCAACCUGUCUCAUGAUCUCCAAAAUCCACCACCAGUAAUGUCCCACAAAAUCAUGAACGCUGUAGGUCUUACCAUCCAACUGAUUCGGGAUGUGUUCAACUCCCUGGCUCCCUCAGUUCUUCACAAUGUUCCACAAGAUCUGGGUGAUAUUCAAGUUUUCAAGAAGGUAGCAUCUCUCCUGCACACUCUCAAGAAGACAGACAUAGACCUGCUGGUUGACCAACUUGAACAAAUUAGCGAAAGCCUAACAGAUUUCUUUAAGAAUAUCAGUAGCUUAGGUACCCACAAUCUGGGGACCAACCUGCUUGUAGGCUUGGUGGAGAAAUUUGUAGACAGCUCACAUUCUUGGAAUGUCAAUCAUCUGCUAAAGUUCUCACGCUUGUUCCCUAAGGACGAUGUGAAUGUCGUGGUAGAUGUGUACUACAUGCUUCCUCAUGCUGUAAGGCUCCUGCAGAGGGGAGUUGACAAAAACAUCACAGAACUCCUCAAGGAUGUCUAUAACUUCACGCUCCUUCAUGGCAUAAGCAUUUCCAAUGUCACCAAAGAAGACUUUGCUAACGUGAUAAAAACUCUUUUGGACACAAUUGAAUUAAUAGCGGAGAAACCAGGAAUUCUUUCUGAGGCUUUCAUUUGCCUUCCUGUGGUUUGGUGCUGGAAUCACACAACUUCUGGGUUUCAGCAGAAUCCGAAGUUAGAAGGCUGUAAAUCCCAAGAGCUCAUGUCAUCUUCCUUUUAUACCAAAGUGGCCAGCCUGCUCGACUACCUCCAUGUCUCUCCCCCAGGUGAAGGUUUACAAUGUUUGGACGAAGGUUCACAGAAGGCGAUUACGAGGAAGAUGGUCUGUGUAAUUCGUGAACUAGUGGACUGGAAUUCCAUUCUUCUGGAGCUUUCAGAAGUCUUCCAUGUUAAAAUUUCGCUUGUGAAGACCAUGCAGGAAUUUUGGCAUAAAGUGUUACCAUUUGUCCCAUCUUUUGAAAAUCAAAGCAACAGUAGCAUCUCUGAACUUUGUCCCAGUGGCCCCAUAAGGCAAAUUGUUUCACAAAUCAUAGCAAAAUUUAAAAAUGUCAACUUUACAAAAAUUCCAUUAGAUGAACACAUUCUUGAUACACUAGCUAGUUUAAACAAGAUCCUUAACAUCAGUGAAGGCACAGAGGCAUCUGCUCAAAAUAAGAUUUCCUUAAAUUUUGAAAAGAUCAUGAAGUUGCCUUCUAGGGAUCAGCACCUAGAAAAGAGUACCCAUUCUCUAGACCCUCCAUUUGAGACAUUUCUAGAUGCGAACCUGACAGGCAGUAGUUUAGAAGCACCAUCGAGUUUUACUAAAAAAAGAGAAAAAACUUUCAACUCUUCUUACUUUGAGGAUCUAGGGAUCGAGCUUGAAGAAAUCAUGGCCAAUCUAAGCCACAACUUUCCUAUCAAACCCCGGCUUUCUGAAAUCAUCAAAGAAAUUCAGAUGCUUAAUUCAGAGACUCUUCAAAAUGUAACUUUGCAACUUGCCCAUUUUUUCGAAAGUCUGGGCUCAUCGUCCUUGAGGAUAUCAGAAGUCAUUGAAGAUUUUCUGCUGGUCAUAAAAAACCGGCUUCGUGAACGGGCAAAGGAAGAUGAUUCUGGGAUGAUUCAAACAUUAUUUUUGCUUAUGGCCGAUGAGAGCUCAACUGAUGAUCUAGCUUUUUUGACCAAGGAUAUUGCUGCCUUUUGGGGGCUUCUUAAAACCAUUUCUAGGGAAGGUAAUUCUGAUGUUGCCCAUCUUACGCAAUUGCUAAGCCAAGAACAGCUAACUAAUUUCUCACUUGUUCAAUUCCUUUUUGAACGUUUCCUAAUUAAUUCAAUCAGUAAUUUAACUGGGAAGUCUCCAGAGGCAGCCUCAAAUUCAAGUGAUAGUGACCUUCACAUAAUGAAUUUCAUUAAGCUCACCUUGAACAGGACACAGUCAGAAAAUGGUGAGAGAAUAGUCCUUCCUCCGAGAAGCAUACUGGAUUUCAUGGAACAGGUUUUGGAAACAUUCUUCUCAUUUUUGCUAGAGGAAAAUUCGGAGAAUAGAAUAUCUCUUCUGCUAAAGGCCUUCCACAAAGACAUCGUUGCAGAGUUGAGUUUCAUCCCAAGGGAUAAAAUCCUAGAAAUUCUGACACUGGAUCAAUUUCUUACCGCCUCAAAAAAAGACAGACUGAUGAGCAUUUUCUCAAGUUUAAAGGAGAUUCUAAAUCAUCUAGUCAAAAGUUCAUUUAUUUUAGACAAUGGACAAUUUCAUUUUGAUCAUCAUCGAGGACUGAAGUUCAUGAGAGAUUUAUUUAAUGAUCUUCUAAGGGAAACCCCAGGGAAAAAUAAGACUGAAAAUAAUUCGGAGUUUCUUGCGGCCGUGAGUCAGUUGCUUUUCCACACGAACAGCUCUGAGGAUCUCCUCCAUCUCAGUCACAAUCUUAGGUCAGCUCUCCAACUUGUGAGAGAAAGUUCUACAGAGGUAGCACAUCUCCUGAACGUGCUUGUACACUCUCCUCACGAGGGCUUCCGUGACUUGUAUCCUACACUCCGAGAAGUUAUACUUUCCAAUCUAACUAGUUUGCUUUCCUUCAUAAAUAAUUCAUUCCCUCUAAGAAACAGGGCAACAUUAGACAUUACCAAGAGAUUGCUUGGUGUUAUCUCAAGAGCUGGUGGAGAAAGUGACGCCCCAGAACCUCUCUUGGAGAUGUCUGAUACCCUGACCAUGCUGGUGAGAGACAUUGCUGAGAUGAGAGACCUUGCCACCUCGGUGACCUCCGCUGUGGAGCUUCUGGGGCUAGCCACAAGAGUUGCCCGGAAGGUGGCCACCAUAUUUGAAACUCGUUCCAUCCCCAAUACCACUGAUGCUAUGAAAUUCUUUGACACUCUCUAUACUGUUUUGCGACAAAGUAUUCGAAAUGUUGUGAGAGAAAUAGGUACUUUGAAGAACGUAGACCAUUUCACAUCAGAAAAUAUAAGCAACUUGUUGACACCAUUUCUUGACUUGGCUUUUGGGAUGAUUGGGGUCAAACCUAAUAUUUUGCAAGACUCUGAUGUUAAUGUGUCCACAAGCACAUUCUCAUAUAUGAACCAGUCCAAAGACUUUUCUGAUAUUUUGAAAGAAAUCACUGAAUUUUUAACUUCUCUGAAAAGCAGUUUGGGAGACAUGGAGCAUCUUGUGGUAGCUUUUAAUAAUGGGACCCAAAUAUUUGCGAUGGAUUCAGUCAGCAUAUGGGAAGAAGUUUUGGAUUACUUAGUUCCUAUAAAUAAUGUCAUCAACCAGAUAGACUUCUUACAUCCACUUCCCAAUGAUAGUUACCCUCAAGAUACAAUGUGGGAAAGAAUCCAGGAAGUGAUCCUGGUUUUGGAUGAAAUGCUAUCAAAAGACAUCAUGGAAAUUGGGACUUACUUGAGAAGGGUGAUUGAUCUCACCUUGGAAGUUCUCUGGAGUGACUUAGAGAAGGAUGACUGGCGUGUCUUUAAUCUGUGGCUGGCAUUUGCUGAGCAUCCAGAUAACCUUUUGAAAGCCAUAGAAACAGCUGGGGAGGUCUCCGGUGGAAGAGAUGGCCCGAGUGGACCUUUGUUUUCCAACAUGUCUUUGAUUCAGAAUGUAACUCAUCAACAGCUUGAAGAAGCAGUCCAGAUCGUGUUAAAGAGAAUGGCUCUCUUGAGGAAGGAGCUUCCCCUAAAUAACUCUCAGUGGAUAAAUGCCGCAAGAACUUUGUUCCAGCCCAUUUUUGAGAGUCUUGUUCAUGUAGCCACUGGAAAGAAGAUACCAUUGGAAAAAGGAGAGAGGACCAAAAAGGUGACGGCUGGUUUUCCUUCCAUCCUCCAGCUGUCAUCAAGUUUCGAGCAAUUCCUGAAGGGAUUAAUCGCAUUGAUUGAGUACUGGCAAGAGGUCCCAUUGAUGGAUCAAAGCAUGGAAAUGUGUCAAAUUUUCCAGCAGCUUCAGAAGCCCCCAGAAGCCAUCGUGAUCCUGCAGAAAGUGACGGUGCUGGUUCUCCGUGUGUUCAGCAUCUUUGCAGAAAACCCUUCCUUGACCAAGGACAUGCUGUGCGCUGCUCUGAGCUGCAAGCAGGGUGUGACUCGGAGGCUGAUCAUACCUGCUCUCCAGGGCGCCGCCCUGAUGCACGACCACUACCAGGAAAUGCAGAAGAUGUGGUCCUCACCCCUUCAGCUCAAUUGUGAAGGUCUCAGCAGGAACCUUUCUAGCUCCUUGGAGAGCCUCAGGAGCAGCCUGGAGCACGCCACUGACCAGGACUGUGAAUGCCGGCCGCUGCUGGACUUGGCUCGGCAGCGUGUGCGCAAGUUGGCCCAAAGCCUCGAGAAGACCUGGUUGUCUGGGAAUCCCGUGCUGACCCUUCUCAGCAAUUUCACAGUGACGGAUGAUGUAAAAGUGAAAGAUUUGGUGCAGAACAUCUCCAAGCUAACUCAUGAGCUUCAGUCUUCCAUCCACAUCUCCAACGAGACUAUCCACAGCCUUCUAGAAGCCAGCAUCUCCCGUUCACAGGUGCUCUCGGGGGCCCUCACGAUGGCCCUGUCCGGGAGGUGCGAUGCAGAUGCUCUCCGGCUGCUGCUGGAGCUUCCUGAGGCCCGCGGGUCCCGGGCUGCAGCGGAGGAACUGUGCAGCCUGCCCGGGCCCCACAUGUAUGCUUUGAUCGUGUCCAUGAGCCAGAACCUGAAUCUGCGCAAUGUCAUUUACAAAACUCUGAUGCCCUCAGAAGCCCACGAUGCACUCAGCUCCCUGUUGAAUGUGGUCUCCAGGCUCAACCACCUGCUUGCUAAAGCCGGCCAUGUUCUGGAAUACCUCCCCGAAUUUCUCCACGCGUAUAAGAUCACCACCUUGCUGGACAUGCCCGACUUCCAACAGGCUCCACAGCGUGGCCUGUCCAGAAGCUCAGCCUUUGGUUCUUUCCAGUUCGUCAUGAAGAAGGUUUGCAAGGAUCAAGCAUCGUUCUUCAGUGCCUCUAACUCAUUCAUUAACUUGCCCAGAAUUAACGAGCUCCUGGGAGGGGACAAAGAAAAAUUCAACAUUCCUGAAGAUUCAACACCAUUUUGCUUGGACCUCUAUCAAGAAAUUCUGCAGUCUCCAAAUGGUGCUUUGGUGUGGUCCUUCCUAAAACCGAUAUUACAUGGAAAAAUAUUGUACACACCAAACACUCCAGAGAUUAAUGAGGUCAUUCAAAAGGCAAAUCAUACGUUCCGUUUCGUGGACAAGCUAAAGACGUUAACAGGAACGCUGCUGAAAAUGUCCAGCAUGUUUCAGAAUGGAAGAAGUGACCAGAUGCUCAACCAGCUGCAGGAAGCCCUGAGGAACAAGUUUAUAAGAAACUUUAUAGAGAGCCAAUUGCACAUUGAUGUUGAUAAACUGACGGAAAAGCUCCAGACUUAUGGAGGGAAGUUGGACAAGAUGUUUGCCCAUGGAGGUGCCGGACACAUCCGUGUCCUCGGCCGCAUCUUGGUGAACCUCUCCUCCUGCGUGGUGCUGGACCGUUUCCAGGCACUGGAGUCUGUCGCCAACCUGGAGGCGAAAGCCCGUGAGCUUAUGCGACAGAACAGCUUCUUGGCUAGUGUCAUAUUCAACACUUCCCUGGCGGACAGGAACUUGGGGGCCCCGUCCCUGCGGCUGGCACCCCACGUCACCUACACUAUCCGGACCAGCAUCUUAUACAGCAUGAGGACAGACUUGGUGAAAAACCCUUCCUGGAAGUUUCAUCCUCAGAGCCUACCAGCCGAUGGGUUCAAGUACAACUACAUCUUUGUCCCUUUGCAAGACAUGAUCGAAAGAGCCAUCAUCCUGGUGCAUACUGGGCGGGAGGAUGUGGAACCGGCUGUGCAGGCACAGGCCAUGCCGUACCCAUGCCACACCAGGGACCUAUUCUUGAACAACGUUGGCUUCUUCUUCCCUCUGAUAAUGAUGCUGACAUGGAUGGUGUCUGUGAGCAGCAUGGUCCGAAAGCUGGUUUACGAGCGAGAGAUCCAGAUAGAAGAGUACACGAGAAUGAUGGGCGUGCAUCCCACCGUCUUCUUCCUGGCCUGGUUCCUGGAGAACAUGGCCGUGUUGGCCUUGAGCAGUGUUGCCCUGGCCGUCAUUCUCAAAGCGAGCGGCAUCUUUGCACACAGCAACGCCUGUAUCAUUUUCCUCUUUCUCCUGGAUUUCGGGGUGUCGGUCGUCAUGCUGAGUUACUUCCUGAGUGUGUUUUUCAGCCGAGCGAACACAGCUGCCCUCUGUACCAGCCUGGUGUACAUGAUCAGCUUUCUGCCCUACAUAGUGCUUUUGGUUCUCCAUAACCAACUCAGUGUUGUCGUGCAGACGUUUCUGUGCCUGCUCUCCACCACGGCCUUUGGACAAGGAGUGUUUUUCGUCACCUUCCUAGAAGGGCAAGAAGCAGGGGUCCAGUGGAGUAACAUGUACCAGCCUCCGGAACCGUCGGGCAUGACAUUCGGCUGGGUUUGCUGGAUGAUGGCCUUCGAUUCAGGCCUUUAUUUCUUAUGUGGUUGGUACUUGAACAACUUGAUUCCCGGAAAUUUUGGCUUAAGGAAACCAUGGUAUUUUCCCUUUACUGCGUCAUAUUGGAAGAGUUUGUGGGGUUUCGUGGCAAAAACACCGCAGGCAACUGGUUCUGACCUGUCCUUCAUCAACGAGCACUUUGAUAACAAAGGGUCCGCGCUGCAGAACGGGGAGGGAAAGCCUGGAGGAGACCCCCCGGGCGUCGCCCUGGUGUCCGUGACCAAGGAGUAUGAGCCACACAAGGCAGCCGUGCGGGACCUGACCCUCACCUUCCACAGAGACCAGAUCACUGCCCUGCUGGGGACCAAUGGCGCCGGGAAAACCACCGUCAUAUCUAUGCUGACGGGACUCUACGCUCCCACCUCUGGAACCAUCAUCAUCAAUGGCAGGAACCUGCAGACAGACUUGUCCUCCAUCAGAAAGGAGCUGGGCGUGUGUCCACAGCAGGGGGUCCUGUUCGACAACCUCACCGUCCGUGAGCACCUGCUGCUCUUUGCCUCUGUAAAGGCUCCACAGUGGACCUGGAAGGAACUGAGUCAGCAAGUCAAUAGGACUCUCCAGGAUGUGGAGUUAACGCAGCAUCAGCACAAACAGACACGCGUCCUGUCCGGAGGCAUGAAGAGGAAGCUGUCCAUCGGCAUUGCCUUCAUCGGCACUUCGAGGACCGUGGUUCUGGACGAGCCGACCAGCGGGGUGGACCCUUGCUCGCGCCGUGGCAUCUGGGACAUUCUCCUCAAGUACCGUGAAGGUCGGACGAUCAUCUUCACGACCCACCACCUGGACGAGGCGGAGGCGCUCAGUGACCGUGUGGCCUUCUUGGAGCAGGGCCGGCUGCGCUGCUGUGCGCCCCCCUUCUGCCUGACUGAGGCCUAUGGCCAGGGGCUCAGCCUGACCCUCAACAAACAGCCUUCUGUUCUGGAGGCCGAUGACCUGAAGGACAUUGCCCGAGCCACGUCUCUGAUCCAGACCUACAUCCCGCAAGCUUUCCUCAAAGACAGCAGCGGCGGGGAGCUAGUCUACGGCCUUCCCCAGGACGCGGACAGGGCCUGCUUCAAAGGGCUCUUCCAGGCCCUGGAGCAGAACCUGCACAGUCUGCACGUGACAGGCUUCGGGAUCUCGGACACCACGCUGGAGGAGGUGUUCCUGAUGCUUUUGCAAGGUUCCAAGAAGCAGCCGGGGGCCGAGUUGGAGCUGCAGGACCAGAAGCCUCCAGAGCCUGCUCCUGGCUACUGUGAUGCCCCAGCAAGGACCCCGCCCGUGUGGGGCAGCCCUCGGCCUCUGGAUCAGGCCACCGCCCUCCUGGUUAAGCGGCUCCGCCACACACGCCGGGCCUGGAAAGGCGCCCUCUCCGACCUGCUGCUGCCCGUCCUCUUCGUGGCCUUGGCCAUGGCCUUGUUCAUGGUGAGGCCUCUGGCCAUCGACUACCCUCCCCUCAAACUGACACCAGGCCAUUACGACAGGGCUGAAGCUUCCUUUUUCAGCGGGAGCGGGAGCGAGGGCCAGGAGCUCACCCAUGUGCUUCUGAGGAAGUUUGGAGAUCAGGAUCCACUCUGUGCUGAUUUGAACCCAAACCUGAGGAAUUCUUCAUGCUGGCGCGCGGAUCCCCUGUCUCAGGCCCGAACGCCCGACUCCUGUGGCUGCCUGAAGUGUCCAAACACAAGCGCUGGGGCUCCCUACCUGACCAGCCGCCAGGGGCACAUUCUGCUGGACCUGUCAGCCUUCCACCUGGAGGAGUACUUGCUGGUGCCGUCGGAGAGACCCAGGCUUGGGGGCUGGUCUUUCGGGGUGCAGAUCCCUGAUCAAGAUCAAGAUGCAAAUCCAAAUACAUCGCAACCAGACACUCUGGCGAAGGUGUGGUACAAUCAGAAGGGCUUCCAUUCCCUACCUUCCUACUUGAAUCAUCUGAACAACCUGAUACUGUGGAGACACUUACCGCCCGACCGGGACUGGAGACAAUACGGAAUAACGCUGUACAGCCAGCCGUACGGAGGGGCCUUGCUGAACGAGGACAAGAUCCUGGAGAGCAUCCGCCAGUGUGGUGUUGCGCUCUGCAUCGUGCUGGGGUUCUCCAUCCUGUCUGCAUCCAUCGCGAGCUCCGUGGUGAGGGACAGGGUGAUCGGAGCCAAGAGGCUGCAGCACCUCAGCGGCCUGGGCUACAGGACAUACUGGCUCACCAACUUCCUGUAUGACAUGGUCUUCUACUUGGUUUCCGUGAGCCUGUGUGUCACCAUCAUCGUCGCCUUCCAGUUAACAGCGUUUACUUUCCGCGAGAACUUGGCAGCCACGGCCCUCCUGCUGGUGCUUUUCGGAUAUGCAACCCUCCCGUGGAUGUAUCUGAUGUCCCGGAUCUUCCCCAGUUCGGACGUGGCUUUCAUCUCCUACGUGUCCGUGAACUUCAUUUUCGGGCUCUGCACCAUGCUGAUGACCACUAUGCCCCGGCUGCUGGCCAUCGUCUCCAAGGCUCAGAAUUUACAGAACAUCUAUGACGUCCUCAAGUGGGUCUUCACCAUUUUCCCUCAGUUCUGCCUGGGGCAGGGACUCAUAGAACUCUGUUACAAUCAGAUCAAAUACGACCUGACCCACAACUUCGGCAUUGACUCCUACGUGAGCCCCUUUGAGAUGAACUUCCUGGGCUGGAUCUUCGUACAGUUGGCCUCGCAAGGCACGGUGCUUCUCCUCCUGAGGAUUGUGCUGCACUGGGACCUUCUGCAGCGGCCACGGGGUCUGUCUGCCAUUCAAGGCACAGUCACAUCUUCCAAGGACAUAGACGUGGAAAAAGAGCAAAUAAGAGUGUUGAAAGGAAGAACCAGUGAAGACCUUCUUGUGCUAUACAACCUUAGUAAAAGCUACGGAAGCUUCUUCAAGAGGACCACUGCUGUGCGAGAUAUUAGUUUGGGCAUACGGAGAGGAGAGUGCUUUGGGCUCCUGGGGCCCAAUGGGGCCGGGAAGAGCACCACAUUCAAGAUGCUGAACGGGGACGCCCCUCCAACCUCAGGACAUGCUGUCGCCAGGACUGCCACAGGAGAGGUUGUGGAUCUGGCUUCAGCGGGUGCCGCCGGCGUUCGCAUUGGCUACUGUCCGCAGCAGGACGCCCUGGACGAGCUCCUCACCGGCUGGGAACACCUUCAGUAUUACUGCUGCCUCCGGGGGAUUCCCAAGCCGAGCAUCCCUCACGUGGCCAGGGACCUUGUGAGGCGUCUACACUUGGAGGCCCACGUGGACAAACUGGUGGCCACCUACAGUGGGGGAACCAAGCGGAAGCUCUCUACAGCCUUGGCCCUGCUGGGCAAACCUGACCUGCUGCUGCUGGACGAGCCCAGCUCCGGGAUGGAUCCCUGCUCCAAGCGGCACCUGUGGAGUACGAUACUGCAGGAGGCCCGGGGAGGCUGUGCAGUGGUGCUGACCUCCCACAGCAUGGAGGAGUGUGAGGCUCUUUGCACGAGACUUGCCAUAAUGGUCAAGGGCAGCUUCAGGUGCCUCGGCUCCCCACAGCACAUUAAGGACAGGUUUGGUGAUGGGUAUUCAGUGAAGAUUUGGCUCGGUCAGGAAACAAAUCGGCACAACGCGAUUUCGGACUGCUUGAAGCUCCAUUUUCCAGGGAUCCAGUUUAAGGGGCAGCGACUGAAUUUGUUGGAAUACCAUGUUCCGAAACAGUGGGAAUGCUUAGCAGACCUGUUCCGCGUUCUAGAGAACAACAAGACCUUGCUGCAUAUCAAACACUACUCCAUCAACCCAACCACUUUGGAACAGGUAUUUAUUAAUUUUGCUACUGAGCUACCGAAAUCUUCACCAUCUAGCGCGGCUGCCCCCACUGGCUCUUACCAGCCCCCUCACCUGCCUGUCUAAGGACCUAAGGGGAUGUUUCUAAGAGGAAUAAUACCUUGUCUUUUAUUCCAAUUUAUCACCUCGGAGGAGCUGGGAGUCAGGCUCCAUGUGGUCGGACCCCUUCUCUCUUCCUUUCCUCUUUGAAGCUGUUGGUUAACUCAUAACCUGCCGGCUGGAAGAUUGUUUCUGUAGACUUUUGGAAAGUUCCUCCCACAUGGCUAAUCCCUCUGACAACUGGGGUGGGGGGGGGACAUGACAGAUCCUUCAUGACAUGGGUGCAAGUGAACCCAGAGUCCAACCUGAGACAUUUGGAGCUGUCAAAGGCUGGCCAUUCCCGAACACUCCACUGUACUUUUAAGGAAACCGAGGUGGCCAGGGCUAGUAACUUUCCUAACUGGUUUAUUUAGGAAAUAGUACCACAUACUGUUUCCUGUUUCUGUCCUCUUUCAUCAUCAGAUAAGAGAUCAAGAGGUUUUUUGUAAUACUGGAUAUUAUAUGGGAAGACAUAUAAAAAUUGCCACUUCUUUCACACAAAAGAUGUUUCUUUAAAAAAUUGGAAUGCGGAGCUUUUUAGCAAACGCUUUAGCAAAAUUAAGUCAGUUGAACUGGAUACUCUAUGUUGUAUAUAAAACUUAUGCCAGAUUUUCAUAGAUUUUAAAUAUAGGCAGGGAUGGAAAGAAAAAGAAUGUGGAUGUGUUUUCUCUUUUUAAUCCAUUUCUCAGUUUCCUUAAUGCCUCCUGGUAUUCUGAGGCAUAUUCUAGUUUCAAAACCAAUGAUGUAUGAUGACUAACAUCAUAAUUCUAAAAAAAAAGAACAGUGCUGUAAACUGUCUAGUUACUUGAAAUUGUACCUGCAAAAUUAGUACCAUAUGUAGGAAAUAAACAUUAACUUUAAAAUGCUUUAAAAUUUUCUAACAAUUCUGCCAUUCUCAGAAUGACUUUUCUAGCAUUUUUAGAGAUAAAGUGCUAUGCUUUGGCACUUGACAUUGGCCAGAGACACUUCACAUUCUGCACCUGAGAGCGAAAUGUGUCAAGUCCUUUUGACCACCACUGAAAACAGUUUCUAGCUGGACAUUUCUGAGCCACGAGAUACUUCUCAACCUUCUCUGAAUAACGCUUUUCUCAAAUCACCAUGGAGCGCUGCGUUAAUUUCAUUUUAAAAUUUGACCUUAUCUAGUUAAAUUUUUGAGUGAUAGUAGCUUGUGGCCAAAGGAGCCGCUUUGCCAGCACAUUACUUUACUAACGCAGGAUUUCACCAAAAUUUGUCUUUCCUGAUAUCAUUCGAUACUGGAGAUCUUUUUAACCUGUCAGGAUUCAGCCAAUCACAGAGACUUUUGCUGAAUGAUUUGAUCCACAUAAAUCCCAUGAAUUAUGCUUUCUUAAGGUUUAGGGUUUAGGAUUUCUUACAGUUUAAGGUUUAGGAUCCCGCCACCCCCACCCCCCCGCCCAGUUCUAACAGUCUCACUGUCAAAAUGGGAGAUGUACUCCUUCGUGAUGAUUGUUGUCGAAUCCAUCCAUAAAAAUCUGUGACCCAGGAACGUGUUUUCACUGCGGUGAAUAAACGAGAUGUGCUUUGAUUGAA